UCUCCCGGCGCCGCAGGCCGGGCCUGCCCUCACCUCUGCUUCCUCAGGCUAGGGACGCAGGCUACUGCAAGGACCAGGUAUGCCACCACGCCGACUGCCAGCAGCUCCACCGCCGGGGGCCCCUCAACCUGUGUGAGGUGUGUGACGGCAAAUUUCAUAGCACCAUGCACUUUGACGGGCACAUCCGCUUUGACCUGCCUCCCCAAGGCUCCGUCCUGGCCAGGAAUGUCUCCACACGGUCGUGUCCCCCCCGAACCAGUCCAGCCUCAGACCUGGAAGAGGAUGACGAAGGGUUAAUGGACAGCAAAGGGGAGAAGAAGGGUUCCGGUCUGAAACUGGCAAAGAAGAAAGCUCGGAGGAGACACACAGAUGACCCAAGCAAGGAGUGCUUCACACUGAAAUUUGACUUGAAUGUGGACAUAGAGACAGAGAUCGUCCCUGCUAUGAAGAAGAAAUCUUUAGGGGAGGUGUUGCUCCCAGUGUUCGAGAGGAAAGGCAUUGAGCUAGCCAAAGUGGAUAUCUACCUGGACCAGUCCAAUACGCCACUCUCCCUGCACUUUGAGGCCUACAGGUUUGGGGGUCACUACCUGAGGGUUAAAGCCAAACCUGGAGAUGAAGUGAAAGUGGAACUAGCCGUGAAGGACUUCAAAUCCCUGAGUUUGCCCAUUCCCGGGCCUCCGACCUCAGACCGUGCUGACCAGCAGGCCCGACGGGAGAGCCUGGACAUCCUGGCCCCUGGCCGAAGGCGUAAGAACAUGACGGAGUUCCUGGGAGAUGCCAGCAUCCCUGGGCUAGAACCCUCAAUGCCAUCCAGCAGCUCCCUUCCCAGCAAUGGCAUCGACACCUGGAAGAAUCGCGCAGCCAGCCGUUUCAGUGGCCUUUUCAGCUCCGGCCCUAGCGUGAGCUCUUUUGGCAGGGAGGUUGACAAGAUGGAGCAGCUGGAGAGUAAGCUUCACUCCUACAGUCUCUUUGGCCUACCCAAGCUGCCCCAGCAGCUCCGCUUUGACCAUGACUCCUGGGAAGAGGAGGAGGAGGAGGAGGAAGCUGACUUGGUCCUGGAAGACAGUUGGCAAGAGCUCAUAGAUGGAACCGAGGAUCUGACCCGGAGGCAGUGCCAUCAGCAGGAGGCGGUGUGGGAACUGCUCCAUACAGAGGCUUCCUAUAUCAAGAAACUUCGAGUUAUCACCGAUCUCUUCAUGUGCUGUCUUUUGAACCUGCAGGAGUCUGGGCUCCUGUGUGAGGUGGAUAUUGAACGCUUAUUCAGCAAUACCCAGGAGAUCAUCCAGUUGCAUCAAGGGCUGUGGAGCAGCGUCAUGGCCCCUAUCCUUGACAAAGCUCGACGCACCCGGGCCCUGCUGCAGCCUGCCGACCUGCUCAAAGGCUUCAAAAUGUUCGGGUCCCUCUUCAAGCCUUACAUCCGUUACUGCAUGGAGGAGGAGGGCUGCAUGGAAUACAUGAGGAGCCUGCUGAGGGACAGUGACCUAUUCAGGGUCUACGUCACGUGGGCGGAGAAGCACCAGCAGUGCCAGAGGCUGAAGCUGAGUGACAUGCUGGCCAAACCUCAUCAGAGGCUCACAAAAUACCCGCUGCUGCUGAAAUCAGUGCUGAAGAAGACCGAUGACCCACCCACCAAGGAGGCCAUUGUCACCAUGAUUAGCUCCGUGGAACGGUUCAUCAGUCACGUCAACUCUCGAAUGCGGCAACGGCAGGAGCAGCAGCGGCUGGCGGCCAUCAUCAGCCGCAUCGACUCCUACGAGGUGGUGGAGAGCAGCACGGACGAGGUGGACAAGCUUUUGAAGGAGUUUCUGCGUCUUGAUCUGACAGCCCCCAUCCCGGGGACAUCCCCAGAUGACACUCGGCAGCUCCUCCUAGAGGGGAGCUUAAAGAUGAAGGAGGGAAAAGACAGCAAGAUGGAUGUGUACUGCUUUCUCUUCACCGACCUCUUUCUGGUGACCAAACCUGUGAAGAAGGCAGAAAGGACCAAAGUUAUCCGGCAGCCCCUGAUGGUAGACAAGAUCGUGUGUCGGGAACUUCGAGAUCCUGGCUCCUUUCUCCUCAUCUAUCUGAAUGAGUUCCGAAGUGCUGUGGGUGCCUUCACCUUUCAAGCUAGCGGGCAGGCCCUCUGCCGAGGCUGGGUUGAAGCCAUUUAUAAUGCCCAGAACCUGCUGCAGAGGAUGAGACUCCAGGAGCACCAAGGCAGCCAUCAGCAGCAUCUGCAGAGCCUGGAGGAAGAGGAGGAUGAGGAGGAAGAAGAGGAGGAAGGAGAGAGCAGCACGUCUGGAGCUAGCUCCCCUACCAUCCUUCGCAAGAGUAACAACAGCCUGGAUUCCCAAUGCUGCCCCUCCGACGGCUCCACGGAGACGCUGGCCGUGGUGGUGGUGGAGCCUGGGGAGUCUCCGUCGUCGCCUGACUUGGAGGGCGGCCCGUUCAGUUCCCGCUCGGACGAGACCUCGAUCAGCACGACGGCUUCAUCCGCCACCCCGACGAGCGAGGCCGACGGGCUGCUCCCCUCGGCGGCCGCCGAGUGCCGCUCGUGCUCCGUCGACUCGGCCUACGGCACCCUGUCCCCCAGCUCCCUGAAGGACUUCGUGGCCACGGCGGAGCCGGCCCCCGUGCCCGCCCCCAGACCCCCGGACCCGCCGGACCCCCCGGCUCCCGCCUCGCCGCUCUCUCCCCGCCUCCGCCGGCGAACCCCCGUCCAGCUGCUGCCUUGGCCUCGCCUGCUCAAAUCCAAGUCGGAGGCCAGCUUGCUGCAGCUUCUCUCAGGGGCUUCGGGCCGCGUCCCCCCGACAGCCCCCAGCCGGAGCCUGUCUGAGCUCUGCCUCACCACGCCGCUCCUUCCCAACGGCUUCCCCAGGACUCAGGGGGGGCCCUGCCAGCCCCCUCAGGAAGCCCGCGCUGGCUGGGACUGUGGGGGGGCCGGCCCGCGCGGGGGCUCCGGGCCGCCAGAGGCGGAAGAUUCGGAGGGUUCCCCUGGGCGGGGGGACGAGAGCCCUCUCUCGAGGGAGUGCAGAAGGCCAGUGGCUAAGGCCGCGUUCAGGGCCCAGGCCUCGGGCCAGCACCGGAAGCUGACCCUGGCCCAGCUGUACCGCAUUCGGACCACGCUGCUCCUGAACUCCACGCUGACGGCCUCGUGA